AUGAGCCUGACCUCCACGUCCCGCUCCCCGCGGCCCCCCCGAGCGCCUCCCGCGGCCCCGCCUAACACAUCUGCUGUGGUGAAGCUGAACGUGGGCGGCGAGAUCUUCACCACUACUGUGAGCACCCUGAGAAAAAUCCCGGGUUCGAGGCUGGCAGAUAUGUUCUGCACCUCAGCCAAGGCCUCCACGGAGGAGGAUGGGGAGGGCCGAUUCUUCAUCGACCGCCCCGGCACCUAUUUCGGACCCAUCCUGGACUACCUGCGCAGCGGGCAGGUGCCCAAGCAGCACAUCCCCGAGGUGUACCGCGAGGCUCAGUUCUUCGAAAUCACGCCCUUAGUCAAGCUGCUGGAGGACACGCCGCAGAUCUUUGGCGAGCAGGUGGCUCGGAAGCAGUUCCUGCUGCGGGUGCCCAGCUACGGCGAGAACCUGGAGCUCAUGGUGCGCCUGGCGCGCGCGGAGGCCGUGGCCGCGCGUCACUCCCACGUGCUGGUGUGCGCGGCGCGCACGGAGGAGGACGCGGCGCACUGCGCGGACUCCCUGCGGGUCCUGGAAGCCAACAAGCGGCUGGUCGUCAAAUUCGGGCCCUGGAAUGCGGCCCCGGCCAUCAGGGACCUCUUGGACUCCGUGCAGAUGGACAUCGAGGCUCAGGGGUACCAGGUAGCCUAUGACUACUGCUCCAAGAAGACGUUUCAGCCUAAGACGGGUGCCCACGAAUAUUUCUAUACGUUCCGAUUCACCUGGUGGUGA